AAGAGGCGACAAAGCCGGUUAGCAAAACAGAAAACAACCGGCCUUGGUUCUCCUGAGGCACGAACAAAUACAGCUAUUUUAUAGCAGAAAGCAAACCACGUUGGGAAGGCCGGUGAGUGUGGGUCCUGUUAGCGUGUCGCGCUAACCGAACCCAUACUAGCACAGCAGGCUUCGGCCUAGCCGGGACACACACACCGGUAACAUCUGUGCCAUAUUUUAGGAUUUAAAUUUAUCUAGAUUUAAAAUAAAUGAAUAAAAAAUACGGCACAGCUCAGCUUCCUGACAGUAAUACUCUUUUCUUCUUUUUUAAGCAGGCUAACAGCGAUAGCCGCAGCCAAGCUAGCAAGCCGCUGCUGACAAACCCGCACAGAAGGAUCAGAAAGGAACAGUGAGGGGAAACUGCUCACCAUGUUGGAGUCUGCGGGGGAAAGGACCUCCAAGCUUCCGGUAAUGCGUGAUAAGCCCUGCUACGGCACACUGCGAGGGACACACCUAGUGAAAGUCGCUGGGUUUUUGUUUUUGGACUACUGCAAACCUACCAGUACCUUGGGUGUUCUGCCAGUCCCUGCGCCUAUACCUGCUCCCAGGAGUACACUGGACAGGCUCAAACAUCAGCCACAUUCACCAGAGCCUGCUGUGUGCCUUGCACACCCACAGUUAGAAGCGUCUCCACCAGAUGCCUCCGUGCCGUCUGGUCUUUUUCUACCAGAGGUCGUCCAUUGUGUGAUCCUGUUCUGUCUCCGCCAGAGGUUGCCUGCCUACACCUGUCUUCGUACAGCUGUCUGGUCGUGCUCCAACCCCAGCCAGAGGUCUGUGCUCUGCCUGAGCCAGCACCUGCCAAGCCACAUCCAGCCACGCCUGCCACACCUGGUCUGGCACUGCCGGCAUCGCCAGCGCCUGCCACACCUGCCACACCUGGUCUGGCACUGCCGGCAUCGCCAGCGCCUGCCACACCUGCCACCCCUGGUCUGGCACUGCCGGCAUCGCCAGCGCCUGCCACACCUGCCACCCCUGGUCUGGCACUGCCGGCAUCGCCAGCGCCUGCCACACCUGCCACCCCUGGUCUGGCACUGCCACAACCUGCCAACCCUCCCCUGCCCGGUCAGGCAAUGCCAGCGUUCCAAACCUGCCACACCUGGUCUGGAACUGCUCCUGCUUUGUUUGCUGGACUCACUGCUCCUAGUUUUUGUUUUUGCACUCUGUAAUCUCAAACUGACUCUGAGAACAUGGUUUAUCUGGUCAUAACAAUUUGAUCAUUUUACCCCAGCAGUGAAGUCACUUCAUUGACUCCCAUUUCAACACAGAACUCCUCUGACUAUAACCCAGUCAGUCCUCUUAGCUCAUCAGGUGCAGAUCCGUGAACUCUUCACAGAAGAUCUAAGUCUACUGAAGAUGCUUUCAGCAGCUGUGGGCUGUGUCUACACUGAAAAACAGAUGAAACCUUUUUCAUUUUCACAAGCUUAAAUUAAUAACCCUGCGUGUCGGCGUUAGCCUGUCUUUUACUUCUUUGUAAAGUUUUGUUUUAUUGAUUUUGUUGUCUCGUGAUGUGCAUAGUUCUGUAAAAAAAAGAACAUUUUUUUUUCAAGUUUACGUGCAGUGAAAUGUGUUAUAAAAACAAAACUGACCAGUCUGAUAAUGAUGUUGGUAUCUCCAGUUUUUCAAACCUAAAACAAAGAAAACUGUAUUAAACUAAGCACAGGAGUCAUUAUUGCUCAUAGACAUCAAGUCAG